GUGUUAAAUAUAAAAAAAUGUCACAAGAUUCGGAGUAUUGGCAUCACAAUGUGGCGGUAGUUACUGGCGCUUCGGUCGGUAUCGGUGCUAGUAUCGCUGUGGCUUUAGCUAAUGCUGGCAUGGUUGUGAUUGGUAUAUCAAGACGAACGGAACUAAUUGAUGAACUUAAUAAAAAAGUUAAGGGAAAGGGAAAAAUUUUCUCUCGCCAUUGCGAUUUAACCAAUGAAGCUGCGAUUGUGGAAACAUUCAAUUGGAUACGUGAAAAAUUUUACGUUAUACAUGUCCUGACAUAGCAGUUAAGAUAUAUGACCUAUAGUUAAUAAUGCUGCAAUGAAUAUUAUGUACUCCACCGAAGCGCUUGCUUUCCGAUAUUACAG